AGAAAUUAUAUAUCACAUCAUCCACCCUCCUGGAUUUCUCCAAAUAUGACCGCCUUGCUGCAGCCACCUUUUGCUAUUGCUCCUUUCUCCACUGCCACCUUACUACUCAGCACUGCGGCUGCUGCACAGAGUGAAGAGACAACAUGCGCAUUUAGGGACCAGUACCAAAAUGAUCAUGGAAUUAGCGAAAGUCGAAUUUCUCAAGAGAAUGGUACAGUUUUGUGUAUGAAAGGCAACACCUGCUAUGGUCUGUGGGAGAAAACACGUGAAGGAGACAUCCAUCUUGUGAAACAAGGAUGCUGGUCUCAUAUAGGAGACCCUGAAGACUGCCACUCUGAGGAGUGCAUAGUCACAACCACCCCUUCCUUGGUUCAGAAUGGGACAUAUCGUUUCUGCUGCUGCAGUUCCAACUUGUGCAAUCUCAACUUCACAGAGAAUUUUCCACCAGCAGACCCUACUGAUGGAACGCCUUUCAAUUCAUCUCAUUCACUUCGCCGAGAUGAGACAAUUGUCAUUGCUCUGGCAUCGGUAUCUGUAUUGGCUGUUCUGGUGGUUGCCUUUUUCUUUGGAUACAGAAUAUUUGGAGGGGAUCAUAAACAAGGUUUGCACAGUAUAGACAUGAUGGAAGCAGCAGCAUCUGAACCCUCGUUAGAUCUUGAUAAUCUGAAGCUACUGGAGCUUAUUGGUCGAGGGCGAUAUGGAGCAGUUUACAAAGGUUCCUUAGAUGAGCGUCCAGUGGCUGUAAAAGUAUUUUCUUUCACUAAUCGUCAAAACUUUAUCAAUGAGAGAAAUAUAUACAGAAUCCCACUUAUGGAACACGACAAUAUUGCCCGAUUCAUUGUGGGAGAUGAGAGAUUCACUGCAGAUGGACGGAUGGAAUACUUAUUAGUGAUGGAAUAUUAUCCCAACGGCUCUUUGUGCAGGUAUUUGAGUCUUCAUACUAGCGACUGGGUGAACUCCUGUCGUUUGGCACACACUAUAACUAGAGGUCUGGCAUAUCUUCACACAGAGUUACCUCGAGGAGAUCACUACAAACCUGCCAUCUCCCAUCGGGAUUUGAACAGCCGCAAUGUAUUGGUGAAGAAUGAUGGAACAUGUGUUAUUAGUGAUUUUGGACUCUCCAUGAAGCUAACAGGAAAUAGACUAGUGCGCCCAGGUGAGGAGGACAAUGCUGCAAUCAGUGAGGUUGGUACAAUCCGCUACAUGGCCCCUGAAGUGCUGGAAGGAGCUGUGAACUUGAGGGAUUGCGAAUCUGCUCUAAAACAAGUAGAUAUGUAUGCACUAGGCCUAAUCUACUGGGAGAUUUUUAUGAGAUGCACAGACCUGUUCCCAGGAGAAUCAGUGCCAGAGUUCCAGGCAGCAUUCCACGCAGAAGUUGGAAACCAUCCCACUUUUGAAGAUAUGCAAGUUCUUGUUUCAAGGGAAAAGCAACGACCAAAAUUCCCAGAGGCCUGGAAGGAGAACAGCUUGGCUGUGAGGUCACUGAAAGAGACAAUUGAAGACUGUUGGGAUCAGGAUGCUGAAGCUCGGCUGACAGCCCAGUGUGCUGAAGAGAGGAUGGCUGAACUCAUGAUGAUUUGGGAAAGAAACAAAUCUGUCAGCCCAACAGUCAACCCUAUGCAGUCUACAGCUAUGCAGAAUGAGCGAAAUCUAUCACACCAUAGGCGUGUGCCAAAGAUCCGACCAUAUCAAGAUUACUCCUCGUCAUCUUACAUUGAGGACUCCAUCCACCAUACUGACAGCAUAGUGAAGAAUAUUUCGUCUGAGCUUUCAUCGUCCAGCACACCACUGACGAUUGGGGAGAAGAACAGAAACUCUAUUAACUACGAGCGACAGCAAGCACAAGCUCGCAUUCCUAGUCCCGAAACUAGUGUCACAAGCUUGUCAACCAACACUACCACCACCAACACUACAGGUCUCACUCCGAGCACUGGCAUGACCACCAUAUCCAAGAUGCCUUACUCAGGUGAAACAAACCUUGGUGCUACAAAUGGCAUGCAGCCACUUGGGCCGACUCCCGUUUGUUUGCAACUAACAGAGGAGGACUUGGAGACCAACAAGCUGGAUCCCAAGGAAGUGGAUAAGAAUUUGAAGGAGAGCUCUGAUGAGAAUCUGAUGGAGCAUUCCCUUAAGCAGUUCAGUGGGCCAGAUCCACUCAGCAGCACUAGCUCCAGCUUGCUGUACCCACUGAUAAAACUGGCAGUAGAAGCAACGGGGCAGCAGGACUUCACACAAGUUGCAAAUGGUCAGGCAUGUCUAAUUCCAGAUGUUCAGCCUGCUCAGGUCUACCCUCUUCCUAAGCAGCAGAACCUCCCAAAGAGGCCUACUAGCCUACCUAUAAACACCAAAAACUCAACGAAGGAGCCUCGGCUGAAAUUUGGAGGGAAGCACAAAUCAAACUUGAAGCAGGUAGAAACUGGAGUUGCCAAGAUGAACACUAUCAAUUCUGCAGAACCUCAUGUGGUAACAGUUACCACGAAUGAAGUGGCAGGAAGGAGCCAUACAAUAGCCUCUCAUGCUGUACCAAGCCAGUAUGUGAAUGGUACGGUGCCAUGUGGCCAAGCAUCCAGCUCAGGGGUCCAUAGGGCCCAGGAAAUGCUGCAGAACCAGUUCAGCGGAGAGGACAGCCGUCUGAAUAUCAACUCAAGCCCUGAUGAGCACGAGCCCUUGUUGAGAAGGGAGCAGCAAGUGAGCCAUGAUGAGGGCAUUCUCGAUCGUCUGGUUGAUAGGAGAGAACGCUCGCUGGAUAAUGGUAGAACAAACGCCAACAACAACAACAGUAACCCAUGUCCAGGACAAGACGUUUCUGUCCUCCGUAGCCAGAGCACAGCACCAAAUUCUGGACAGGUCCACCCUAGAAGAGCACAGAGACCUAACUCGCUGGAUCUAUCAGCCACAAAUAUUUUGGACGGCUGUAGUAUGCAGUUGAGUGAGUCAUCCCUUGAUGGCAAACCGGGCUCAGGAGAAAAGAUCAAGAAACGUGUGAAAACACCAUAUUCCCUUAAGCGGUGGCGCCCUUCAACAUGGGUCAUCUCUACAGAACCACUGGACUCUGAAGUCAACAACAAUGGCAGUGAUAGGGUAGUCAGCUCUAAGUCCAGCACAGCUGUUUUUCUUGUAGAAGGAGGUACUGCUACAACUAUGGUGUCUAAGGAUACAGGCGUGAACUGUCUGUGAAUUGUUUAAAGGCUGACAAAAAUGACAUUUUUGCAUUCUGUUAAACAAACAUGCAGAAGACCGGGGGGGUGGGGAGUUCCUUCUCCUGUCAGCACCCCUUACCGAGGACUUGCUUUAAAUAGAUUUCAGCUAUGCAGACAAUUUUUUAGCUUAUGCUUCCAUAUUUUUAAUUUUGUUCUUAUUUUUAUUUUAUUUUUUGAAACAUUUUUGCACUUUUUAUUUAGUAUUGCAAAAUUACAUCUGUCUGUCCCUGACCACGGCAUUAUAUAUAUGUGUAUCAAAUGAUGUGGUCUCAAAAUAUUUUUUUUAAAAAACAAAAACAAAAAAAUGUGUUGCUGAUAAUCAGUUUGGACCGGGUUCUAAAGGUCACUAAACACACAAGCCACCUGGCUACAGUGGUGUUUGCUGUUCAUGUUAUGAGUUCUGUGCACAAGCUCGUUUGUAUGUUUCUGUGUGACAGAGUGUAUUAUCUUUUAAACUCCCAAUUUUUCACUUGUGUUAUGUUGAAAUGUGCAAUAGUCUGUAGUUCACAGUAUGCUUUGUGUUUCCAACCCUGCUACACACUUCCCCUUUUGGAAUUAAAGGGUGGUAGGGGUUUUUAAUCUAAUGAUUUGGCAGCCAAUGAAAUCCAACUGUGAACUCUGCAAAGCAUAAUCAGCUUAAAGCAGCUGCUUGUAUCUAUCUGUAUGUGUGCUCCAAGGUCACAGUUAAUGCAUGAUUUUCCCUGCCUUAAAAGGGCUUUUUUUUUUUAAAGGAAGGAGGGGAGAAAAGAACAAACUUAUAUUUUCUUUCAUCCUUUGAAAUUAGCAAAUUGCAGCUUUCUUCAUAGUGGACAAUGCAGCUUUGGAAAACUCUAAGCAAGAAAGUGUUGAACAAAAUAUAAGGAAUCAAAGGGUCAGUUUGUACAAUCAGUGGAGGUAGAUACCUGCCCUAAUAAGCUUGAUGCUUGAUAAACAUGCCUCACCAUUGGCAGGUUUACAAAGUUUAAAAGCUCUAUAUGGGAUAGAUGAUCUGUGGUAUCUUUCUUCACCAAGCCAAGAUGCAUGUGCAAAUUAUAACUCCGGUAUGUGUAAACUGACCCCAAAUGUCUACCAUUUUAUUUUAUCUCUUGUCGUAUACAAUUUGAAAGUUAAAUAUGCUUUGUAUUUAUGUACAUUUUUCCUUAAUGAAUGCUUUUGGUGUAUAUUGAAAAGGAACAUUUUUGCCUAAUCUUGGUAAGUUAUCUUAAAUUUUUUACUGUAGGUAGGUUGGUAAGACAGGUUUUUGAUAGACAAGCUAAAACAUGGACUCACCUGCAUGAUAGUCAUGUGAUGAGUUCCUAUGUCUCUGUACUUUUACUGCCCAAAUCUGAUUGCCUAGUUCAGUGUUGCAUCAGAUUGCCUAGGUGUAACUGGCUGAUUUACAGUGCAUUCCUUUACGUGUCUACUUAAGGAGUACAUCUCACUGAGUUCAGGUAAGUAUAUCUAGAAUUGCAGCCUUUGAAUAUUGUGAAAAUACCCAGUUCCUUCAGAAAUGUCCUGCUUAGGCAUUAAUGGUCCCUUUAGUACCUAUCAUCACAACAUAUCAGGGUUUUUCUAAGGAAACAUUUUAGAAUAUUUUAGAAUACAUGUAACAGUACCUAUUUGUGCAUGACUAUUAAAAUAUCUGGCCCCAUUAAAGCACCAUUUUGAAAGUCAAUAAGGGUAUCUCCCUAGACAGAAAUUAGUAAAUACUUGCUUACUGGCCCUUGUCACAGCAUGAAGCCCUGUUGUCUCAGUUGUUGUUCAGACUUAUGUAACCUUAACAAAAUAUAUAUUUACAAUCACAAAAUAGCAUCUAGUAUGAUAUCUGGUUCUAAAUAAAAGAUUGAGUUCUGAUUUAUCAUAA